AUGCGUGUGCUCCUCGUUCAGACGGCUCAGGGACUGACGCCCUCGUGCGGGGGCUACAAGGCGAACAUCAGCCUGCUCCGAAACCUACGCAGUUACGGCCAUGCCGUUGCCCAGAUUUGCUACGGAUCGGAAGCCGAAAUCGAGCGGUCUACCAAGCUAGCCGAGGCCAAGGGCAUCCAGCCCAACCUCGUCAACCAUCCAGUCCCGCCCGUCAUCGAUCUCAAGGGCGUGGUCCACAACAUCUUCGUAAAGACAUUUACCGACGAGGACGGCAUCCACAAUGUGGUUCUGUCACGCGCCGAGUUCAAUGCGGCCUACCCGCGCAAUGAAACGACGUUCCGAAUGCUCAUGCUCAUCCGUAUUUUUACCGCGCACAUCACGCUGUUUCGCCCAACCCAUGUCAUCUUCAACGACCCGGUUACCAUGAAAAUCACUUCCCUCCAUCCCGACUGUGGGACAUUCAAGCGCAUCAAUAUCAUUCACACCGCCGAGCAACUCCCAUUUGGGCCCUUUUCCGGCGGCGUCGAUGGGCACUGCCUCUCUCCAGCGGUGGAAGAUGCCCUGCUUCGAGGCCUUGACGGAAUCUGGGCCGUUUCUCGCGCCAUUCAACAGUACGCUUGGACGUAUGGAACGCUGGAAUCAAAGUUCAUCGUCCACCCCACUUUGACAUAUCUGGAUAAGGACACAGGAAGCCUGCCGGUCGUUCGCAACAAUGUUGACAAGCAUGAGAUUGGAAUGGUCAACCCAUGCCCACACAAAGGCCUGGCGAUCCUUCUCGCUCUGGCCGAGAGGUUCCCGGACAUGAAGUUUGUCACUUGGAAGAGCUGGGGAACCAGCAAAGAGCAUACGGCCCAGCUUCUCGCUCUCCCCAACGUGGAGGUUCUACCGACAACUCGCAAUACGGACGAAAUCUGGGACCGCAUCAGGGUUCUCCUUGCACCUUCGGUUUGGCACGAGGCGUGGGGCAUCAUUGUAACCGAGGCUCAAUUGCGUGGAAUUCCGGUUAUUGCAUCCAACGCAGGCGGCCUGCCCGAGGCCAAGAUAGGUCUUCCCUAUUGUAUCCCUGUUAACAUGGUGACCGGCGCGCGUCACCCGAAUGGAGAUUACGUAGUGCCGGAGCAGGACAUGAAGCCUUGGGAGGAGGCCCUUGUCACGGUUAUGACCGACAACGAGGCUUAUCAGGCUCUGACAACCCUCACUGCCACCAAGGCUGCUGAGUGGCUUUGCAACCUCGACGACCGGGCGCAUGAAAAAUGGCUGCUCUCAAUGAUGGAUGGAAAGUUGGAAUGAGUGGACACCGCACCGCCGGUAGCGGCUCAACAGCACGCCGUAGAGUCCCCUCCCCAUUUUCGGGUUGAUUCGGCCCGCUUGACAGUGGCUACAGGUUUCCGGCUGAGGCAUAAGCAGUCGCAGGCAGACGUAUUGCAGCAUUUGAUGGAGUGCCGGUUUUCCCUAUGACGUGUCAUCUGUCCUUGGGUGUUUCUUCAUUCGUGACUUGUCUUGCUGCUUCCUGGAUAUGCGGGGGCUCCCUCAUCCCUUCCUGUUGCUCCUUAUUUGAAGAGAAGGAUCGCAUGGAUGGUCCUUCUUUCCAAUGCUGCCUUUGGCAAGCAUUACGUCCUAUCAUAGCUGGUGUAUGCUUAAAUUGCUGACAUGACGGGG